CAUAAACCAAAUCAUAAUUGAAUAUUGUAUUAAAUAAUUUAAAUAUUAUGUUUGAAACUCAUAUAAUUGUAUUGAUAUUAGGGUUGUCGGUGUGUUGGCCCGUAUUUGGCGGUUGGGUUGAGGUGUGGAGAGACGACUUCAACGGCAAUUCACUCAACCCAAGUAACUGGAAGUUUGAAACGGGAGGGGGAGGUUGGGGUAAUAAUGAGCUCGAGUACUACACUAAUGGCCAGAAUGUUCAGGUGGCUAACGGUGUGUUAACCAUACAAGUGAAAGUACAGAACCAGGGUGAUAAUAAUUUCACGUCAUCCCGGCUCAAUUCACUGCAAGCCUGGACUUACGGCUAUUUUCAAGCCAGAGCUAAGCUGCCAAAUGGUUAUGACUUAUGGCCAGCCAUUUGGCUCUACCCUCAAACCAAUACAUACGGCACAUGGGCGGCCAGUGGU